AUGCCUAUCUACCUUACUAUUCUGGGAGGUCCGCCCUGGGGUAUGCGGCUUGGCAAUGACCAGGAACUUCGGCCCAUUAUUGCUAGAACGCUAUCGAACGGUAGAGCAGCAAAGGAAGGCGUAAAACCAGGAGAUGUAUUGCAAUCAGUAAAUAAUAUCCCCGUAUUCACUUGCAAACAGGCUCAUGCACUCAUCCAAAAAUCGCAUGGAAAGCUGAGGCUUGGGAUUGCCAAGUAA